AUGGAAAGAAUUUUUUGGCAAUUUACUUUUCUUUUUCACAUUCCGUUAAGAAUUGUAGAGAUAGCUGUUGGAUUUUAUCGUUAUGACCGUCUUCGUUUAAUUAAUUGUAAUUGGCCAAAAAUAUAUAAUUUAAGUAGAUAUUUAUAUUUAAUAUUUGGAUGUUUGGAAUUAAUUUUUUUGAUUGCCCUUUCUGUUGUUGGAGAAAGAGAAUUUAUAUCUUAUCAUGUUGUUUUCUUUUAUGCUUUUGGUGGUUUUGCUACUGGAUUUUUUAUUACAAAUGUUGUUUGUCAUUCACAAUCUCUUUAUUAUUUAAAUCCUUAUGGUAGAAUUUCCUAUUAUAUAAAAAUAAUAGUAACAAUUCUUUUUAUUAUUUCAAUGCCUAUUUUGUUUGGUGCUUUUAUUUUAUAUUGGAGGAAAUGCAUUACUAUAAUGUAUGAUGUAUUUGCUAUAGCCGAAUACAUCGAUGUUUUCCUUACAAUAUCUUAUCAUUGUUGUGCUUUUUUUGAUAUUCGUCACAAAGUUAUUUUUAGUAUUAGAGAUGUAAAGAAGAAAAUAAAUUAA